AUGAACUCAGGGAUCACUCUAGUAUGGUCAUCGACGAUCGUCAGAAAGUCCUUGUACCCUUCAAUAGAUGAGGACAAAUUGCACAAUGAGAAAGUGUUUUAUUUUGUGGAAGAGAAUACUCAAGCUGGCUCUUGGAUGUGGAAGAAAAUGCUAAAACUCAGGUUCAUUGCUAAAAGGUUUUAUAAAAGGGAAGUGGGGAAUGGUCGUAAUACGUCGUUCUGGUAUGAUAACUGGUCUUCUAAAGGUACUUUGAUUGAGAUUUUGGGGGAAGGUGGAGUUAUCGAUUUGGGGAUCAGUAAGGAUGCUACUGUUGAGGAGGCAGUCAUAAGAGUUAGACGGAGAAGAAGACGUUAUCGUACUGUGCUGCUUAACGCUAUAGAUACUGAAUUGCUAACUCUGGAGGAGAAGCUGAGUGAAAGUGGGGUUGAUGGUAGUCUAUGGAGGGGUAAAUCGGGGUUUAAGAGAAGAUUUUCAACUAAGGAGACUUGGUUGUUAGUGCGGGAAACUCAUGCUCAAAACUACUGGGCAAAAGGUGUUUGGUUUUCUAAGGCUACUCCAAAAUUUGCUUUCAUGAUCUGGCUUGCGAUGCUUGAUAGACUUUCUACAAUGGACAGAGUAGCAAGAUGGAGUCAGGGGGUGGAUGUUACUUGUGUACUUUGUCGGAGGGAUGCAGAAUCUCGUGACCACCUUUUCUUUUAUUGUUCCUAUACCUCUCAGAUUUGGGAACAUCUUAUGAGUGGUGUGUUGCGUAACUCUUAUACUACGGUUUGGUCUGAGAUUAUAGCUCUUCUUAUGAGGUCAGAUUGGGAUAAGAAGAGAUUAUUCUAUAUAAGGUAUGCAUUCCAAGCAGCUAGAGUUUAA